AUGGUCGGACAAGCAUUGACAUCGGUUGCCAUCAUUGGUGGCGGGCCCGGUGGAUUAGGUACGGCGAUUGCUCUCUCAGAACUGCCGUUUCUAAAGGUGACUCUGUAUGAGAAAAAUACGGAGCCCCGAGAAGCCGGUGCAGGCCUCAGCCUGAGCACAAAUGCAUGGAGAGUUCUAGAUUUACUUGGAGCUAGUGAUGGCGUCAAGGGAGGCUCCAAAUCCAACACACACCAAAGAAAUGCCUACACAGGGAAGAUUUUGAACAUCACUGAGCAUCCAGAAAAUUCCGCUGCUGAUUCCCGCGGAUCAAUCCGUGCUCGCAGAACCCGACUUCAGUCAGCUCUCUUAUCGAGAGUACCCGAGGGCUUGAUCCAAUUUGGCAAAAAGGUUGUAUCUUUGGAGAACCUUUCGGGUCGGGGGGUUCGGUUGGUAUUUCAGGAUGAAACGGAAGCGAUUGCGGACAUUGUCGUUGGGGCGGACGGAAUACACUCUGUUGUCCGUAGGGCCCUAUUGCCUGAUCAUCGACUGCACUUUACAGGUAACAGUGCGUUCCGUGUUCUAAUUCCGAAGUCUCGUCUGGCCCACAUCCCGGACAUCACGACUACAACCUCAUGGUGGUGGGGUGAAGCUGGCCAUGUAUACCUCUCUGAUGUGGACGAUGAGGAAGAGUCCAAAGAUCCGCUUUUUGAAAUCACUGUUCGAUCCUAUCGUGAGCCUGAGGUCUCAGGGAAGACGGUCUUCUGGGGUAUCCCUGCAACCAACGAGAAAGUGGGAUCCCGUGUUGAGGCUUUUGACCAAAGAAUAAGAGACGCAGUAAGCGCGGUUCCUGAAGGAGAAUGGAGGGAGUUUGCAACAUUCGCUGGGCCUCGUCUAAACAAGAUCACCGACUGGGAUAAAGUCGCCCUGAUUGGAGAUGCCAGUCACCCGCUUUCAGGGGCGUUCGGAUCUGGGGCGACGUUUGCCAUGGAGGAUGGUUGGAUCCUCGCACGGGCGCUUGAGUUUACGCAGGCUACUUCUCGCCCUACACGAGACGCUCUAGAGAUCUUUGAACAGAUCCGGUCUCCAUACUAUGCCAAGAUGUAUCAGCAUCUAGACGAAAUACGUGACAAAGCAGAACAACUCCAAGCAGAAGAGAAAGAUUUUGAUGUCAUUCUGAAAGCCAAAAUCGACAAUUUUCUCUAUGGAGACAAGGAUUUCAUUUAUCAAAAUGACAUUAAGAAGGUCUGGGAAGACUAUGUUGCGGCAGAGCAGAUAGGGUUGUAA